AUGACUGUCACCGAUACAAUCAAGCAUGCCGUCGGCCUUGACGGCGAGCCGAGGAAGGCUACCCGUGAGGAAAUGAGCGCCGCCAAACUGCCACUACCCUACCGAGACUCAUGCGCACAUCUUCUUAUUCCCUUGAACCGGUGUCGGUACGAGGAGUACUACCUACCCUGGAAGUGCGAGAACGAGCGACAUUCGUACGAAAAGUGCCAAUACGACGAGUUCAAGGAGCGAGUGAAGAAGAUGGACGAGCUGAGGGCAGCCAAGAACGGACAGCGAAGCAACUAG